ACAAAUAUUCUUUCCGUAUUUAAAUCAAAGUUGCAGCCUACUAGAAUUCUCCUUCUUCCUAACAAGCUAGCGUCCUUCAAAUGUCGCCGGCAGUCGUUCCUGAAGAACUUAUCGCAGAAGUUUUAUCUAUUCUUCCUGUGAAAUCUAUUUUGCGAUUCAAAUGCGUCUGCAAGCCAUGGGAAUUCCUCAUUUCUGAUCAUUUCUUUGUCAAAAAACAACUUCAUCAAUCACAAAAACGAAACAUGCAUCUCGCACUGAUCUUGUGUAGACCUCACGUAAAUACUAUUUCCUAUUAUUAUGAUAGGGAUUCUUCUGUGGUACCAAUUUCCCUCAAGAAUUUACUAUGUAAUCCAUCCUUAACUAUUACCAUCCUUCCUCAGCAUAGAAUGAGGUAUAAGCGUUGCUUUCGAGUGAUCGGUUCCAUCAAUGGAUUGCUGUGUUUGUUUAAUUCUCACAUAAUUCGUCAUGGUCCAUAUGGUCCAUAUGAUCGAGACACCUGCUUCCGUUUGUGGAACCCUGCCACCAAGAAAAUAUCUCAAAAAUUAGGUUCAAUUACCCAUCCCAAUUGCCAUCCAUAUUUUGGCGGUGAAAAUCAAUCAAACUAUCUCAGGUUUGCAUUCGGUUAUGAUAAUUCAACUGAUACUUAUAAAGUAGUGGCAUUCUGUCCUAAUGAGGUCAGAAUUUUCAGUUUCCGUGAUAAUGCUUGGAAAAACAUUCCAUGUUUCCCUGUAGUUCCAUACUAUCGUGUGGCUCUUGUUCGCCAUAGAGAGCAACGUGUUAACGAAGGAGUGUAUUUGAAUGGUACAGUUAACUGGUUGGCCAUUCCAAAUUCCAAAUAUUUUUGGGGACAAUAUGGAGGAUACACAGAUCCUCCAGCAAUUGAUCAAUUUGUAAUUAUCUCGUUGGACCUGGGUAGGGAAACAUACAACCAAUUGCUUCUCCCUCGGGAUUUAGUUGAAGUCCCGCCUAUUUUUCCAACUAUUAGUGUCUUGCGUGACUGUCUUUGUUUUUCCUACCAUAUUAAUACCACCCAUUUUGCUAUAUGGAUGAUGACGGAAUUUGGAGUCCAAGAGUCUUGGACUCAAUUCCUUAAUAUUAGUUAUGCAGAUCUUCAAAUUGAUUAUGAAUCCCGACGAUAUGGUUAUGAUUAUCUACUGCACCCACUGUGCCUUUCCGAGGAUGAUGACACAAUAAUAUUAGCAAAUAGUCAGGAAGAGCAAGCAUUUCUCUAUAACUGGAGAGAUAAUAGAGUAGAGAAAACUAGGAUCACCAACAAUGUAUUAUGGAUGUUUUCCCCUAAUUAUAUUGAAACCUUGGUUUCGACCUGUUGAAAGAGGACAACCCCAUUCUCAAGCACAUUAGGCAUCGUUGAUGGUUGCUUCCAAUAUGGCAAGAAGAAAGGAGAAAAAUGAGAAAUAUGUAGGAAUUUUUUAUCUUCAUGUUUUUUUCCCUUUGAGACCUUUGCAGAAAUUAAGUAAACUUAUUAUUAAAACUUUUGUUAGUUGUUUUGCUACUAAACUGCAAUUUGUGUAAGGGUACAAAACUCUAUGAUAGGGAUAUUCUUGCAGUUGCAUAAGUUUAACUGUAUAUUAAUAAUCUAUAAUCUUCUCUUCUUGUUACUUUCACAUGUUGAAGAUGUAUGUACAUAUUACUUUCGAAAGUGAUGCUCCGUUGCUCAAUAUUUCUAAUUGCUAGAGUCCCUGCUAAUUGCUUGGGUCCUUCUGUGAUUACUAUAAGUUGAAUAAGUGUUGUCUCCAAAAAGAUAGCAGUUACAAGAUAUAUACAUCUUCAGCUGCUAUGCAUCAAAUGUAGUUUCGUAGACCCGUCAAAACAAAUAUACACUUUGAGGGAGUGAUGUGAUAUGUUAGUUGCGUGGAGUUUGGGUUAGAGUGAAAGCGAAUGGCAUUAGCUAUCCGUUUUCCGUCACAGCGGCUGCCAAUGCGAAAUCGUUUCUGGUUUGGGUGUGAGGCUGGUUAUGCCGAAGAAUCGGUGCAUCGUUACGGCAUUUUUUUUUAUGACAAUUUCAUGCUUUGCUGAUGUAAGUUAUGUGAUCUGAAUUCUGAUACUGCCUUGUGUUGGUUUUUUCAAGAAGCAGGGACAUGGGCUGUAGCUGUUUUAUAUAGAAUUUUAAUGCAGAAUCUUUAUGAAAA